AUGUAAUGAUUUUGAGAUUUAUAAUCAUAACCUAAAGUAUUGUUUUUGAAAGAAUAUAAAUUUCAGUUUUGAAAUUCGAUAUAUUUAUUCUCCACCGAUAAAAUUAUAUGACAAGCAGAAACAAAAAUACAAGUUUGCAUUUUGAAUAUCUGUAAAUAACUUUUUUUCGCAUAUUUUAGAAGUCCAGAAUGGUGACAGUUUCUUUAUUGAAAAACCCCGAAAUGCGAUUUGGAUCAAUUACAUUCUUUGCGAAACAACACAAAGAGGAUAUGUGUGGUAGCAACGGCUUACCUCUUACACCCAAUUCUAUUAUAAUAUAUGGACGAGCUCAAGUGCUAAAAUCAAUAAAAAGUCCGUUUUUGUGCCAUUAUCUAGAUAUAAUUCGCGGAAAACAUGAACGAACCAUAGUUGUUUCGCAAUAUUGUGGUACACCAUUGAGCAAACUCAUUGAAAAAGGGGAUUUUGCAUUGAAUGACAUUAAAAAAAUCGCAUAUCAGCUACUACAAGGCUUGAAGGAGCUGCAUGAAAGAAAUAUUGUACACCGUAAUUUAAGUACUGAAAAUAUUUUGUAUCAAGGAGAUACAAUCAAGUUGUUUAAUUACGGGCUUUAUCACCUUACAGAUAAUGGCAAACUUGUGUCGUUUCCUAUAAUACAACUAUUGUAUGCCGCCCCAGAAAUCUAUAUAGAUGAAAUAGAAGCAAGUUUACCAAACCCGAAAGUGGACAUUUGGGCUCUAGGAAUAAUCCUCACUGAACUUGUUCUGAAAAGAUUCUUAUGGAGUUCUCUGAAGCUGGACCAUAGAAUAAGAAAGGUUUUAAGUCUGCUGCAGUCGAGUACAUCCAUUUUUGAAAGAAUUUCAAGAGAACAUAACGCCUAUGAUGAAUACGUGAAUUUAGAUGAAGACUUGAAAAAUUUAAUAGAAUCAUGUCUGAAUAUAUAUCCAGAAAAAAGGCCUAGCUGUGAAGAACUACUUCAGCGAGACAUUUUCAGUGGUUUCAAAGACUUCACUCCAUCUAAAAAUAAACAGUUACGCAAACCGUUUGAAAUUUUCACAAUACACGAAUUGUAUCACUGGUGGCAAUUGGCUGGAGGAGAUGUUCUGCAAGAACUAAAAAAACAAGGAUUGAUUCGAUCUAGCCCACCUGUGUUAUCGCUGCCACACUUAGUUCUCAUAGAAGGCAGCAUUUUGGGCCAGGAAAGAAAUCCCGCUACAUUAUAUGAUCCCCGGAUUGUAGAGAUGCCUUUGGACACUCUCUACCAGAGAUUUGAAAACAUACCCUUCGUUUCUUACUACCCCCUAAUUCAAAUCAAGUCCGAUAUAAUAAAUCAGUCAGAACCACCCUCCUAUGAUGCUACAGGCCUACCCCUCAUAAUCAAAGAAAGGGAUCCGGAAUAUCAAUUCCAAAGAGUGAUACUGCUUAGAAGGUUAUUACAUGGUUAUCCGUUUACCAGGGACUUAAUUCUCAAAGAAGCAGAGAAAGACAUACCUCCUCUGCUCAGAGGAGAGAUAUGGGCUGCAUUGCUAAACGUCAAAGGAGAUUACAAAGCUCAAUAUAUGAGAAUUGACAAAUAUACUCCGACAGCAACAGAUCGACAGAUUGAAGUUGACAUUCCUAGAUGUCAUCAAUACAACGAAUUAUUAUCAUCUGCAGAAGGUCACAGAAAAUUGAAGAGGAUUCUCAAAGCUUGGGUAUACAAGAAUUCUCAAUUUGUUUACUGGCAAGGACUUGACUCUCUAACAGCUCCAUUUCUCUACCUCAAUUUCAAUGAUGAAGCUAAAGCUUUUGCCUGCUUGUCAGAAUUUGUGCCGAAGUUCCUGCACAAAUUCUUUUUGAAGGAUAAUUCAGCUGUGAUAGAGGAGUACCUUGCAAAAUUUUCACAGCUCAUAGCGUUCCACGAUCCGGAAUUGGCGAAUCAUUUAUACGAGAUAAAUUUUUAUCCUCAGCUUUUUGCCAUACCAUGGUUUUUGACGUUAUUUUCACACGUUUUUCCUCUAUAUAAAAUACUCCAUCUGUGGGACAAGGUGCUGUUGGGAAAUUCUUCGUACUCACUGCAUAUCGGUCUGUCGAUAUUGACUCAGCUGAGAGAUCGAUUGCUGACGUCAGGUUUCAACGAAUGUAUUCUGCUGUUUUCUGAUCUACCUGAGGUGGAUAUUGAAAAAUGCGUGGUACUUUCGAAUAGUACUUUCAAAACAACACCCACAAGCAUAACAGCAAGGCAACAUGAGAAUGAGGAGUAUCGAAUGAAAACUGAAUACGAUAUAGAGAACAUCACCCUUGAAGAACUCAAGAAAGAAAGAUAUCCGAGAAUAAGUGCCCAUGACGUAAUUAAUUUGGUUCGUAACCAACCAGAUGAUAUUUUAGUUGUUGACAUUCGAAACUUGACUCAAUUCAACAGGUGCAGUGUCACUGGAAGUAUCAAUAUACCUUUUUCCAGUGUAUCUUUCAGCGAGAAGAAAUUGGAAAAUGUUGGCCAGCACUACGCUCUUUUAGAAAAUAGCAAAGAUAAAAUAGUGGUAGUUGUUGGAGAUGAGGACUCUGAUUUGGAAUUGUUCCCAACAUUCCUGUUGAAUUGUAAUGUGAGGAAAGUCUGCGUUUUGCAUGGCAGUUUCAACAUACUCAUACCUGUUUCGCCGACUAUCUUAGUUUCACAGAGCCACAAUAUCUGAUAAUCGUAUCAUUGAGAUCUAAUAUUUUUUGACUGUGUUAUACAGCUGCCGGACUUAGUCAUGGCUGGUGAGAAGCCCCUCCCUCAAGAUGUGCAGUAGAUGUGUAGAAAUCUGUUAUCAGUCUGUUAGAUUAUUCGUGCAGUAAACAUCCAAACUGCAAACAAAAGUUUCUAUUUCUUUUUUCCAAAUUCUUUUUUUGUCAUACACCGACCCAACCUUUAUGCAGAUACG